AUGGCAACCGAAUCAUCGAUCGUCCGCUUCACCAACUGUGUGCUGGCGUGCUGCGGUCAGGCCAAGCGGGAGGACUUGUUCAUUGAUACCGGCACAGGAAAGAUCAUCGAUGAGAGCGAUCCUCGCGUUGAUAAGGCCCUGGUCGUGAACUUGAACGGUCGCAUCCUCUCGCCGGGCCUAUUAGAGGUGCAGCUGAACGGAGCCAAGGGGUUUGACUUCUCGGACGUUCCUGUGGAUAACAUGGAGUCUUAUGCGUCAUCAUUCCGGAGAACAUCCCAAGGAAUCCUUGAAAUGGGUGUCACGAGCUUCCUUCCAACACUGGUAACUUCUGAAGCUCAAACCUUCAAGAUUGCCAUGCCUAUUGUCCGCCCUAAUGGUGCACAACGAGACCACGAGUUAGGGGCGGAGUCCUUAGGGUGUCACUGCGAAGGGCCGUUUCUCAGCCGUGAAAGGAAGGGAGCUCAUCCUCCUGACCUUCUCCUGGAGCCCGUCAAGAGAAUAGAGAGCAUUCUAGGCUUCUAUGGAGUCGACAGUCUUGGGGCCCCCAUCUCCAAAGAAAAUGCUGGUCAACAGAUCUCUGCAAUCAGAAAGAUCACCCUGUCAUCCGAGCUUCCGGGGAUGUUAGAGACCAUUCGCACAUUGACGCGGGAGUAUGGAAUCGUCUGUUCGUUAGGCCACUCGCCGGCUACAUACGAGGAAGGCCUCGCUGCCGUGCGGGCUGGUGCCAAUAUGCUCACACACCUGUACAAUGCGAUGGAACCUUGCCUGCAUCGUAGUCCUGGGCUCGUCGGGCUCAUCGGUGCACCAGAGACCGACCUCUCAACUCCGCCAAUAGAGAGGCCCUUCUUCGGACUCAUCGCUGACGGGGUUCACGUCGCGCCUAGUUGCGCGAGGAUGGCUUGGGCGGUGCACAAGAACGGCUGCAUUCUCACCACGGACGGCACCGCAGCGACCGGGUUCGAUCUUCCAGACGGAACGUUCGAGUGGACACAUGGUCGAACGGUUGUCAAGAAGGGCGAGAAACUCUUUCUUGAGGGGACAGAUACACUUGCUGGCGGAACAACAACGUUACUACAAUGUGUUUCAAACCUUAUUCGUUGGACUGGGUGCGAAGCGGCCGAGGCACUACAAACGGUGACAGCUACUCCUGCUCGAAUGCUUCGGUGUGAAGACACAAAAGGAACUCUCAAGGUCGGGGCUGACGCUGAUCUGGUCGUUUUGUCAUGGUCAGAGGGAGAAAAAAACUCACGAGAGCUUCAAGUUGACGAAGUAUGGAAAUUCGGUAAGAGGUGUUUUACACGAAAAGAGUAA